UCUUUCGGAAAUACGGACUGGCCUCUCAUCUCUGUGACAGGGCUCCACCACCCACCCCCCCCCAUCUUUUUCGGAACCGCCAUCGGUUUUUUUUACUUUUUGUUCUUUUUCCUUGUGCGAACAAUUAACGAUGCCUUCUGUGACACUGCCAACGCCUGCUGAAAAGAGCAUCGUGCGCAAGGCAUUGCCGAAUGCAAGCAUAUACACUGCGGCGGUGGCUCGACUCGUGAUAGCCUUUCCUGAUCCGGAAGGAUGGUCGCACACAGGAUUGUGGGGUGCUGCAGCACUGUGCAAGGAAAGCAAUUCCUACUAUAUACGCCUCGUGGACAUCGACAGCCAUGCCGGAGUCCUGUGGGAGCAGGAGCUGUACCAAGACUUUGAAUGCGUCCAAGAGUGCCGUUUCUUCUAUACCUUUGACACCGAUAAUUGCCGUGCAGGCUUGGAAUUUGCGGAUGAGGGAGAAGGCGACACGUUUUACAAGAAAUUGAUUCACCGAGACGAGAUACAACUGAAAGCUUUGCAGAAGGAGCAGCGACAACAGCCCAAGCAGCAUCAUGCAUGGCGAAACAGACUGCGAAGGAAGCGGAUCGACAAGGAGUUGAUCGGCUCGCCAGCGGACUUUCAACACAAAGGCCAUAUUGGAUAUACAGCUGAGCACGGCUUCAGCGUCCAAGGAGACAGUCGUGACAUUAUCGGUCAACUCAAGUCACUCGGCAUUACUGCAGAAGAAAUCGAACAGAACAAGGGGUUUAUCCAAGAAUACAUGGCGACGCACGACAACCAUCAGCAGCAACAGCGACAGCCCCCAGCAGCAGUUAAAGCACGACAGCAAAAUCGACCUCGUGCACCCUCGUCGCCAUUGCCGCCAACUCCUCAGUCCAACCUACCUCGAGAACAGCCACCAUCUCCGAAGCCACCACAGCCGCAGCUGCAGCAAGCUCGUCGGAGAGGCCCUCCACCACCACCACCUCCUCCUCCACCAAGACGACCACGCGCAGCUACACAUUCAGUGGCACAGCAAGAGCGGACACCUCCUCCACCAUUACCAGCUCGUAACAAUCAACAAACACCUACUCUUGCAGUACCACCUCCAGCUGCUGCACCCGCAAUGUCAACAUCUGCUCCAGCCAAUACUGGCGCACCAGGACCUCCUCCUCCACCACCAUCACCUCCUCCUCCUCCUUCUGCACCGCCACCGCCAGAUGAGAACAUGCAGUUGCCGCCAGAGACAGGCACAGGCGGACGCGCUGAUUUAAUGGCAUCCAUCCGAGCAGCAGGCGGGUUUGGCCAGUUGAAACAAGGCGGUCAGUUACGCAAUGCUCCAGAGCAGCAUGCUCCUACUACGCCAGCUUCUACUGCAUCAGGACCAGCAACAGCAGCAAGCAGCAAACCUGAUCUGGCAUCCAGUUUAGCAGCUGCAAUACACCAGCGUAAACAAGCCAUGGGAAGUGAUGACGACGGUUUUAGUGAUGACGAUGAUGAUGAUGAAUGGGCCUAACGGGAUUUUUAAAGUUCCCAAGGGUCCUACCCAUUCUGUGCCACGGUUACACAGAAUACCCAAAACUGGAUAUAGCGGACAUAAAAAUAGCUUUAAACUUUUUGGAACGUGGGUUUGGUCGAGCCAACCAACAAAGUUUAAGUUUGUCGUCAUCCUCAUCGUCCAGGGUUGGUUCUUAUUUUGUGUAUAUAACAUUUGUAUAUACCAAAUCGACUGACUUUAUGUCUAGAAUACAAAAAGCAACGUGACAAAAAGACAGCUCGUUUAUCGUUCUUCUACACCAAAGAUUGAAAGAAAACCAAAAGUAGUUAGCAUUAGAGUUAAAUUUAGUAUCAUAUGUAUGCUAUUUAGCACAUAUCAGCUCGCCGAGACAAA